UGCGAGUUUCGAUUCUACAGACCACAGUAAGUGAGUAAACUUCACUCUUUUCCUUAGAUCAUCUUCAGUGGAUAAGCAAUGGUAAGGGAGAAAAUGGGGAAGACCUUCACUGUGGCGAAAUCAAGCAUUAUCGCAAAACCAGGUGGAGAUUUUUACGAGGAUGAUCGGCACUUACUCGUGACUCACAAUCUGAAACGGCUAACACCGUCAGCUACACAACUACGUGUCCUUGUUGCUGACUGCAUCCGACGCACAAAAGUUUCUUCCUCCAAAGAACCGAUUUUUAUCUACAUUAUGGCCUCACGUCAUCGCACCGUUUCUUCGAGACUCUUACCCGAUACAUAUCGGUUCCCCACCGAUAUAUAUAUCAGUGCCUGGGCGGAGGAAACCAAGCAAAUCCCACCUCUGCAUUCGGUAAAUCCUCCAUAGCUUCAAGCAAACCUUGCUCUAAUAGUAUUUGGGUAAGCUCUGGUUGUGCUUGUUAGUUGAUUUCCGCAUGCUUAUAUGUGUUUUAGCUUUCGGUGCGUUUGUUGAGAGAAAGAUUUGGUAUUUGCUUGAUAGCUUGUUUGCUUAAAUUUGUAUGCAAAGCUCAACUGUGGGGUUAAAAUGUAGUUUUGGAUUGAGGAUUCAGGUGUUCAAGUGUUGCCUCUGAUAAAAUAGUUUUGGCUCAAUUGAUUCUUCAUUCAUCAUGUUUUGGGUGUGGGGGGUAUUUUAUGGAAACAUAGCAGGAAUGAAUCUGCUUAUUUGGUUGUCUACUGACUUUCUGUUGAUUCCCUUUGUGCUCUGUGAUGGAAGCUAUAUAGCUAAUGCAAAAUGCUUGUUGCUUUUAAGCUCUGCCGGGUAGAGGAGGCGUACAUGUGGUGUGGCUACACCCCAUGAAACAAAUGAUCACUUCUGUAUGAACUUAAUUGAUAAUUUUGAACUUAUUAUUGGCAGCUAAUCAUCUGCUAAUUCAGUUCUGGAGAUGACCCGUUUUUACCUUUUUAGCAAAAGCAUUAUUACCUUUACAUGGUUAUUAAAAGUUUUAAUGGGUUUUCUUGAAGUACAUGGAUUUUUUUUUUAAAAAAAAUUACUGUUUAUACUUUAAAAGGUGAAUCUUUUACGUUUUUUUUCUUUUACUUUGCGUUAUCAACUUGUCUUUUAAUAUUAUCAUUCAAAAUACAUGUAUGUUUCUGAAUAUUUUUAUCUACAUGGCAUUAAUCUUGUGUUCAUAGCCGAUAUGGGAGGAUUUUGCUGUGCUGCAAGGAAGCCUCUUCUCGAGAGAACCACCUAUUAUUUGCCAUCUUCAGAGGAGCAGGAACCAUUAACUUCAAAUGACAGUGAAGCCGCUGGAUAUGCAGCAAAUUUGGAUACGUCACGCCUUGACACAUUCCGCGCACCGCCCCAGCCUCUUCCGUUUGAUGUGUUCUAUGGUUGUCCAAGUCCGUCACACACCGCAGAUUCAAGGCCUCUUUCCAGCCUCUCGCCUAAAGAAGAAGAAGAAGUUUGUCCCACUUGUCUUGAAGAGUACGAUGAUGACAACCCAAAAAUAAAAACCCAAUGCAACCAUCAUUUCCAUCUCGCUUGCAUCCUUGAUUGGAGAAAAAGAAGCGACACCUGCCCCAUAUGCAAUCAGGUUGGUUUUUUUUGUUUUCUUUACCACCCUUGACGAAUUCGGUCAGCUUUUCCCAGCUUUGAGAUUGGUGUUGUAAUUUGUUGUGAUGUGUGAUGAUAAAUGAGACUUCAGUUUGAAGGUCAAUUUGCUUUAGGUCAAUGUUUCCAUCUUGAUCUUUGUCUAUUUUUUUUGCCAGGAAAUGAUAUAUGAAAGUGAACCUCUGCGAUACAUAAAGGUUGAUUAGCUGGACAUUGUAGUCAUACUGUUCUAUGUAAAGGACACAGAUUUUUAUUCCCAGUUUUGGAUUUUGUAGUCAUGUUACACCUGUACAGGUCUCUUUCUUUUUGUAAUUUUGUAUAUUAUUCUGUAAUUAUUUUAUCAGGCUGAUUAUGUUUUUUAUUCAUUAUACAAUCACAUUAGUGAUCAGUUUUGACAUGCUAGCCGUUAAAAACAAUUAUUUUUCGAACUUUGGUAAAAGAAUGUCACCCGAAUUCUAUUGGCUUUUGAUAUGAAAAACUGUUGGCUAUUAA